AUGAGCCUGAGGUACAGACGUGUGAGCUUGCCAUCACAGUUGACCAAGUCCAUACUCAAUGUGCUCAAGACUGCAUUGUUCGAGACACUGUCUGGCGGGCUGAUCAUGAGUGACCCUCCGCCCGGAAUGACCGAGGCCAUAUACCCUCCAAACUCACUACCGCACUCACUCACCAUACUGGCAAUGGGCGACUACUUUGAUGAGAUGAUCCCAGUUGGAAUGCUACCGCAAUCACUCACAGAGCUACGCUUUGGAACACAUUAUAAUAAGCCAAUAAUUAUGCCAGGUGUAUUGCCUCACUCAAUAACAAGCAUCACAUAUGGUACCCAUUAUGAUCAUCCAGUUAUCCCAGGUACCAUGCCUCGAUCACUAAUGUCGUUGGAGUUUGGAUCGGACUUUAAUCAAUCAAUGAUUGAUUCUAGAUCGAUUGGCACACUGCCCUCAAUGAUCUCGCUGACAUUUGGCGGCUACUUCAAUCGUUCACUUGACCUACAUGAUCUGCCGCGAUCCCUUCAGUCUCUGACCUUUGGUGAUGGGUUUGAUCAACUUUUGUCGCCUGGAAUACUCCCUGACUCGAUCACAUCACUGACCUUUGGAUACUGUUUCAGCCAGCCCCUCCAGCCUGGGGUACUCCCCACCUCACUCCAUACACUUAGGCUUGGCGGUGACUUUAAUCAUCCAGUUCCACCUUGCACAUCACUUACUUCAUUGACCUUUGGCUUCAGCUUCAAUCAAGUGCUCAUGGGCAUGCCUGGUCAAUUCCCCUUGCUCCUCACACUUGAGUUUGGCGACGCAUUCAAUCAACAACUUGCACCUGGACAGCUCCCUCUGACACUGACCACGCUCAAACUUGGAUAUGGAUUCAGACAAAAGGUCACGCCAGAGUGGCUACCCGUGUCCCUUACCGACCUGACCAUCCGUCGCAUGAUCGAGCCACACAACAGCAUCAUAUUCCCACAAAGACUCAAAUCAUUGAGUAUACCAUCAGUUGAAUAUUUGAAUAUAUAUGUUGAGCAGAUGACCGCAGAACAUAGUGUAGAUACAAUAUGGAUAGGGGACACGAUACAUGAAUUCCAAUUGGCACCAUCAUCAAUCCGUCUCAAAUCAUUAUAUAUCUCAUCGUCAUCUGGUGCCAACAACCGAACUGAUGAAGACAAUAUCAAGUACAUCAAACAGAUUGACAACUGUCUGCCCAAUGUCGAAACCAUACACCUACGUAUCAUCCGUUAUGAAUUUGGACAUGAUGGAUAUCCAAUCUCAUCACGCAUCGUCUACAAGAAAGGAUGCAUAAUCAAGACCGAUCAACCCAACAAGUCAGAUACAUUCAAGUUGACUUUGAUAGGACCAUGA